AUAUAAAAAAGUGUUGGCAGCAUUUCAAAACGAUAACAUGUACCUAUUCUAUGAAAAAUACACGAAAUUUAAUAUUUAAUAUGACAGAAAUGUAACAGGGACGGGAAUAAGACUGUUUCGACUGGAAUAUAUUGGCUCUCGACUUCAUUGGAGUGAAAGAUAUCUUCCAACGAAAAUGACCGAAGAAAUCAACAUUAACACUGAAGUAAGCAAACUUUUGUCUAGUGCGUUGGCAAGGGCGAAAAUUGUUAGAGAUAAUCUACAACUGACGAAAUUUUAUGCACAUAUAACAGAGUACCUGGUGGCAACACUGCAUGGCAAACAUUUCAUCCAAACAGGCAGCUGUAUGGAACAAUCUCUUAUACCCGGAAGUGACGUUGACCAAAUGCAAAUAUUUUCAGAUACGUGUGCUGCUGAUAGUCCGAACCAAGUCAUGAUUAAAAAAUGUCACCUUUUGAUAAUGGACACAGACGAUUCGCGUCAUGGUUUCUCAAAACUAAGACUAAACCACUUACUUGACAAGAAAGAUUUGACCAGACAAAUUCUAGAAGAAUCCCUUGUUUGUGGCGAGGCAAAUUCUGAAUACAUUUCAAGCAAUAGAUUCUCUGCAUCUUUCCUGAAGCUGAGGUCCGCAACAUUUGAGUUUUCACCUUUUGGUCCCAGGACUACUGCUUUCUUUCGACAUGGACCAUGUUCAACUAUUGAACUUGACCACUCUCAACAGGCAGAUAUUGCAGUUGGGAUUGAGUGUGCCAACUGGCCCAGAGAAGCCAAAGAAUGGUGCACUCGACCUAGGUUUUACGGAUGGCCUUCAAAGAAUACAGUAUCAGCGUUAAGCAAGCUUCCGUGUUACCUUCUGCCGGUAGGCGACGAGUGUUCUACUAAUUGUGCACUUGAGUGGAGGUUUGCAUUUGUCCCAACAGAAAGAGAAUUAAUAUGGGAAUUCAGUGAUACACAAAUCCAGUGCUAUGUGAUACUGAAACUGCUAAGAAAAAAAUUCCUGGAGCCAAUUGCCCCUGAUCAAUUGAGUUCUUUCUUUCUGAAGACAAUUGUAUUUUGGGAGAUUGAAAAUAAAGGUCCCGAUGCUUGGACCUCUGAAAAUCUCAUUCAUUGCAUAGUUUCAUGCUUGCAAAGUCUCAGAGAAUGUGUGAUGACAAAGACAUUGCCUCACUAUAUUUUCAGAAAGAGAAAUUUACUGUUCACUAAAUUCAGAGACAGAGAGAUACAAACCGCCGUAGUAAAUAAAUUAGAAGACCUCGAGAAAAACACAGCUCCAUAUGUACUUCAGGCUGCAACGGGGUUUGCCCCGUUGGAUGAUCUUGGAAAAAUCUGGAGUAACUGCAAAGGCAGCUUGGCAUGUUUUAUUAAUACUAGAAGGGAACAAAUGCUACAUAUUCCUGAACUUUUGGAGAAGACACAUAGAAGUUAUUAUUAUGGACGUUUUAUUUUUAUACGCAUUGUUGGUGUUCGGCAACAACUUGAAAAAUUAAUAGAGGCAGGAUUAUAUAUAACAGAACAUGAAAGUGAAUUUGACAGCUUGUUUCGAAAGCAUGCUUUGAGCUGCUUGAAGAUAGAGAUUGGGAAGCGUUAUAUACCAGAAAUAUUCAAUCCGGACACAGAGUUGCCAAAAACAAAACUUAUAACGACUAUCUACAAUUUGUUUGCUGGAGCAACGAUAGGUUCAACCAUUGGAUGUCUCCACCUUGCCACUCUUCAUUACCUACUGCGUGAGUACACUAAAGCUUUGACGAUAAUCCACUCACUCAUAUCGAAGAAGGGACACUUGUUCUUUAUUGGAUUAUCGGCUGAAAAAAUAUCGCUUGAGGAACAGAAUUAUCCCGAGUGCAUAGAUGUAUGUCCGACGUUGGAAAAUUUGGUAGCGCAUGAUAUAUACUUUUCGUCGGAAGAUGUAGUUUGGGCUCCGCCUGGUGUAGGGUUGGAAUGUGCUUUACUCGGUAAACGCUAUAACUGGAACUUUUGUGUUUUUCACCCACUGGUAUAUUCGUAUUACCUAUUAUUUCUUAUUUGUCUAAAACGAAAACAGGUCAAAGAGUGUAAGCAAUGUUUACAGGAAUUUUCUGACUUCCUUAGUUUUGACGGCGGUAAAAUUGACCGCCAUAGGUCAUUGAAUUUGUUGGGAUUUUGCAACUAUAAACUAGGUUAUUAUGACAAAGCUGUAAGUUGCUUCGAACGAUCGCUACAGAUAGUAGGUCCAGUCGGAAAUGCGGCGUCUUACCACAUAUGUAUCUUAAUAACGGAGUUAUUGGCUGAACAGACAUGUCGAAGGGCAAAGGACAAAGUUAUUUAUACACGCACUUCAGGACCAAAUGAGCUUUAUUGGAUUGAAAGUAAAUGAGUUUGUGUUUGCAUUUCACGUAUGACCCAAAUCAUUUGUAUCAGAAAAAUAGAUUAAAACGAAUGUUUAACUCUUACUACUUUAAUUGCUUGUUACAAAUAUAGUUUUUGGAAAUAAUCACAUUUCAGCAUUGCUGAGCAGAAGUCCCUUUUUCAAAAAAAAAGUAGAAAUCCAACAUAGCCAUGUAACGAGCCUUAUUUAUUUGUAAGAAUUGAAUCCGGGUAUGAGUUUAUACUAAGUCAAAAAACAUUGAACUGCUGGUAGUCAAGUAGUCUUUUUCUUCAAAUGUGAACACGCUAACGAUAGCGACAAGUCAAUUUACAUUUAGCGACCACGUUUUAUCUAUUGUAUUACGUACGUGUUAGAAACGAAACAUUAUAUACCGAAAGUCGGUUAUAAGCUGGAAGAAUGAGUUUAACCUGGCUACGUACUCGUGAAAUUAUUCCCCGGGAGGUACAUGCAUAACCUCAUCGUGUUUAAAUCAAUUAAAACACGUUUUAUGGCAUAUAACCUAGAACAUGAGCACGCAUUAUAUUUCGCAAAAAAGUAAAGUGUGUCUCAGGCCUAGAUAAUUUCCUAAGUAUAUACGUUAGUACUCUUACAUGUAAGAUUGAAAAUAAAUAUUUCUAUUUUACAUGUAUUUAGAUGUUGUUGAAGUUAUUACUUGUUUUCUAAAUUUCUGCCAUUUUUAAUUGAAAACCGCAGGUGGAUGGUAAUUUAUUUCAGCCAUUUUUGUUUAUUGUCAAGUUGUUAUGGAGAAUAUUCGAUUCGACAAGGGAUCGAGCUCACGUCCUCUGGAUAUACUCGUACAGGCUUGUCUUCUACUAAGAUGACCUAAUUUUGUAUAACAGGCACUUAUGUAAGGGAUUAUGGAGACAUCAAUCAACAGGAUUUGAAACCUUGUCAUCUUGAUUAGCAACUAAGAUACAACCUCUCUACGAUGCCUUAAAUUUCUAUAUCUAAUUUUUAUCAUGUGACAAAUGCCAACAAAAGUUAUUUCAACAAGCUUAGAUAAGUCCUGUUCAAACGAUUUGAUCAUACUGAUAUUAUGGUACCGUCAGCAUUUAAUCCGACACGAAUUCAGACUUACUUCAGUAUUCAGUACUUUCCGCCUUAUCGGCUCCAAAGAAAAUUGCUUACUUUUGACUGUCCCCGCUGGAAGUAGGGCUAUUUAUAAUAGAUUGUUUUUAUGAUUCACCCUAGUUAGAAAUAUAACCAGUUAGUACAAUCUAAUGUGCAAUACAUUAUUUAUACAAUCAUUAUGUCCAGACAAAAAUUAUUUAUUCAUCUCUUAUCAAAAUACAUAAACAAUGAUUACAGUGUAGUACAAGAAAAUCCGUCUUGCAACAACUCAGUCACGUUUUUACACAA